AACGCGUCAAUUCAAAAAUUACCCCCCCAUCAACCCAUCAAAAUCGUUCCCAUCGCUCCGUCCCACGCGACACCCUGUUCAACAAAUAUAAUAGUAGAUUUCCCAGCCACUGACAGAGCGAACAGUACUUGAUAUUUUACCAUUAAAAUUUGCCACUUUUUUCUCCGCUCCCACCUUUGCGCACAGUGAUUUGUGUUCUGUUCGAUGGCAUCGACAAGUCAACCGCAUUCUGGCUUCCCCGCGCGUCCCUACAAUAAUCUUCGCAAUCCCCCAUCGACUAGUUUUGGUUCUGUUGUUGGCUCACAAUCGCAACCGGCUCUGGCUUUAAGGCAGAAAUCCCAAUUGGAGCGUGGGUUACCGAAGGAUAGUCAAGCGCAGACUCAAUCUGGCGCGCCUGGAACUACUCCAAUGAAUAUCCUAAGUGAUGAACAGAGGGAGGAGAUUAAUGAAGCUGUAUGUUUCUCAUAUACCCAAACUGCAAUAUGCAAAUGGCGCAAACUUCCCCUCCUUCAAUUCUGAUUCGAAGCCAUACCCAAAACAAUGCGCUAAACAACCCCACAGUUUGUACUCUUCGACAACGACAAGGACCAAAGAAUCGACUACCACGAAUUCAAAGUCGCUCUCAAGGCCCUUGGCUUCGAUCUCCCCAAACCCGAAAUCCUCAGUCUCUUAACAGCACACGGUAUUCCUCCCGACGCUCCCUCCCGCCCCGGCGCACGCGAUCACAAUAUUUCUCCCGGGCGUCUACUCCUCACUCUCCCCUCUUUCCAAUCCAUCGCCGGUAACUUAAUAGCGCAACGCGAUCCGCGCGACGAAAUACUAAGGGCUUUCGCCUUAUUCGACACAGAUGACAAGGGCAUGAUAUCAUUAGAGGAUUUGAGGAGAGUAGCGCAUGAACUGGGAGAGGGACUAGAGGAAGAUGAGCUGCGAGCUAUGAUUGAGGAAUUUGACUUAGAAGGGAAAGGCGGAGUGGGGAGGGAAGAAUUUAUCCAAAUAUGCAUGGGAUAAAUUCACCACACUCAUUUUUUUCAUUUUCAUUUUCAUCCCAUCAACAUCAUACCAUACCCGUUGGAUUACAACCUUUCCAAAUCUCAGGAAGCGACGCGACUUUUAUUCCAUCAUUUCAUCGCACCGAAAAACUAUACCACCUAGCUCGUACACUUGGAGAAUAAGGACAGGAGAAAAAGCCCUGUUUUGAUUAUCGUAUCACUUUUAGUCUUUUAGUUUUAUGUGUAUAUCACAUUGUCAUUCCACCACCACAUCAAGGAGUAAAGCAAGGAGUGCAGGCGUUGGUUUGGGUUACACAAUGGGAAAGAGGCAGGUAUGGAACUACUUUCAUGUAGGUAUGCAUAAUUAUAGUACAAUUUCAGGAUAUUACAAUGGGACAACAUUAUUGCUUCUUUUCGAGUAAUCUGU